UUUUGAAUGACGUGGACAGAAACGCAAUUUGCCGCUGCGGGUGAAAAAGCAGAUGACCACUGGAGGGGAUGGAGGCUUACUGGGGAUGUGAGCGCCGCACGAAAGAAUUUGCGCGACACGCUGCGCGGUGAUGGAAGUCGUGUUGUAGGUUGACUGUCACGCCAAAGCGACAAGUGGGACAUGGCGCACUGGUGCGAUCGCGCCUGAUAAGGAGGACGCGAAUGCCGCACCGGAGCCACCGGCGCAGCGGGGAUGGAUACCGGCUAUUUCCUGGCGAGGACUUGCCUGCUUCUGCUGUCCCUCGGCGGUUUCGCCUCCUCGGGACUUUGUCCCGACCGCUGUGACUGCCCGCAACCGCAGCGUCUCAUGUGCGCCAACCGGGGUUUGCGCACUGUGCCCUCGCAAAGCAGCGGCGAGAAGGAGGUGCUCGUCUUUAGCCUUGGGGGCAACUUCAUUGGAAACAUCUCCGCCAUCGACCUCGGAAGCUAUACCGGCUUGGUAAGAUUGGAUUUACAAUUCAAUCAAAUCCACAACAUUCAUCCUAAAGCAUUUGAGAAUUUGUCACAUUUGCAAGAGCUCUACUUGGGACAUAAUCGCUUAUCUGACAUUCAAGAUGGGACUUUGCAACCGCUGAAGAAACUGACAGUCCUUUAUGGAAACAACAAUGACAUCAAUGUAAUAACACCGGCGCUUUUUGGUAGUUUGGGCCAUCUUGUUAAACUACGCUUGGAUGGCAACGCGAUUAAAAGCUUGCAGGAGUCCGCGUUUAAAGAUUUGGACAAUCUGCGUUAUCUUCAUCUGGAGUCCAAUCAGCUGCAUCGCCUUCACAGGAAAGCCUUUUCUAAUCUCGCCAACCUGCGCUUUCUCAACCUGGCCGACAACAAGCAGUCAGCCCUGCGCGGUGCCCUCACCUUUUCCCAUCUCACAGCCUUGACGACUUUACUGCUGUCUGAAAAUGAAAUCCAACACGUCGGCAACAAAGUCUUCCAUAAUCUCAAAAAACUCUCCAAAUUAUCUCUCAGCAAUAACAAGAUAUCUCAUUUACCCAGUGGGGCUCUGCUUGGUUUGUCAAGCCUUAAACAGUUCCUGAUAGACGGGAAUGCGCUGGUUGACAUCCCAGCUGGGCUUUUGGAUCCUCUGGAGCUCGUGGAGCAUUUGGACUUUAGUCGCAACCGACUCUCUAAUGUUGACUCUUUAGCAUUUAUUCACCUUAAACAUCUCAGGGUUCUGAAUCUGAAGAAUAACGUCCUAACUAGCUUGUCCGGUGAGACUUUCAGGCUGAAUAACUUUCUCCAUGAUGUGGAUCUCCAUGGCAACAACUGGACUUGCGAUUGUCGCCUGGAGGAGCUGCAAAGAUGGAUGUCUGCCGCACGUACUCAGGGCAAACUCUUGAAUGUGUUUGUACAGUGUCAUCACCCAGCAACCCUGAGAGGGCGCUCCUUGGACCGUGUGAACACUUCCCAGUUCCAGUCUUUUGGGAACCGGGGCAAUUUGUGUGGGAGCCACGCUGGACUCGAGGAGAGCCAGGGGGGGAAGACGUGGGUUAAGAUGAAGGGUGGAGUUUGGCAGGAAGAAAGACGAAUACAACAAAAGCAGGAUGAGACUGUGGAGAGAACAGAUGGAGAGGGAGAGGUGGGGGUACAAGGAGACCAAGGGGGGACAGGGGUGCCACAAACGGUUCAUGCAUUCAAAACGGACUCGCUCAGGUCAGAGUCACCAACGGGCACACUUGGAAAACGUGCCAGAGCAGAGGAGAAACUUUCCGGAACACGAUCAGAGAAGGACAUUCCCUCAGCAAGUGACGCUGUGACCCAGGAGCUCGCCCCCUCUACUCCCAUCCCAUCAAGAGAGAGGUUUGAUCUUCUAAGGACGGACCGCGAUGGGCGUCCACCUCCCAUCAUCGAUCCGUGUGUGUUCAACCGCGAUUUCAUCGCAAACGUGUCAGUGGACCAGGUCACGAGCAGCGUCGCCACGGUGUAUUGGGCCACACCAAAACACAGUCCAGUCCCAGACGAAGUCAACUACCGGAUUUUGUUCGACCGGUUUGGGACGGUCGACCGGUUCCCGCGUUACGUUUACACCCCUGGCUCAGCCCGGUCCGUGACCCUGCGGGACCUCCGCCCGGACGUCACCUACAUGGUGUGCGUGGAAGGCGUGGUCGCCGGUUCUGUGUGUCAAGUGGCGCCCCGUGACCAUUGCUCAGGUCUGGUCACUCUUUCUGAGGACUCGAUGGUGACUUCCAACCUCCAGCUGGUGACGGUGCUGACGCUGGCCGGGAACGCCGCGCUGCUUCUGGUUUUGGGAUUGGUCUGGCUGGGACGGAGUCUCAACAGGAGGUUGCAGAGGAGGAAGGCAGCGGUUCACGUGCGACACAUUUACUCCACCAGGCGACCUUUUCGGGCUAGCACGGCAAACACAUCCGCGUCCACUGACUUUACAAGCUAUCACAGCAGUCGCCCGGCCCGACUGGUGUCACCAGAACUGGGAGACCUCAUCGAGUUCCCUUGUGAUCGCUUUCAGGAUACCGGUUCCCCUCGCAGAGACACUGACCUCCCCAGAUUCUCUGACUAAGGAUACAAAGAGGUGGACCAUUUUCGUCAGGUUUCUGGUAAAUUUCCAAAGGAAGUGAAUUUUGGAAACUUUUCAUGUGAAUUGAUGGACUUUAACUGAGACCCAUGUUAUCCAUUUACAUACCUCGCUUCCUUUUUUGUUUAAAAACCAUUUUAAGUUGUGUUAAUGUAAAUGUAAUGAAA